AUGAAAACUUUAAUUGCAGUUUUUGGAUUUUUGGCCAUAUUGGUGGCUCUCGCAAGUGCAUCGAAAGUACGCUAUGACAAUUUUAAAGUAUUCAAAAUUAAAACCCAAAAUUUAGAACAGCGACAAAUGAUCGAAAACUUGGCCGAAAAUACAGAAAGUUUUAAUUUAUGGCACAGCGAUGAUAAGGAAGUUCAUAUUAUGGUAAAUCCACAAAAGCUCAUACAUCUACAAAACUUGACGCGUUCCUAUCAACUACCAUUCGAAGUUAUGGUCUCCAAUGUGCAAAGCCUAAUUGAUGCUGAGCAAUCUUCAAAAACUACAGACGAUCUAUCCUUUGGCUGGACACGCUAUUAUCCCUUAUCAGCUAUCGAAGAGUUUUUAGAUGAAAUACUAGCAGAACACCCGGAAGUUACAAGUGGCAUUGAUAUCGGUACUUCAUAUGAAGGACGUAAAAUACGAGGCAUUAAGAUCUCAUACAAAGAGGAGAAUCCUGGUCUCUUCAUCGAAUCCAAUAUACACGCACGCGAAUGGAUCACCUCAGCGACGGCUACUUGGUUCAUUAAUCAGCUUCUAACAUCGACAGAUGCCGAUGUGCGCUAUUUGGCCGAAAACUAUGAUUGGUAUAUUGUGCCAGUUUUGAAUGUGGAUGGUUUCGUUUACACGCACGAAACGAAUCGCAUGUGGCGUAAGACUCGCCAACCAGUUGAGGGAUCUGCAUGCAUAGGUGCCGAUCCGAAUCGUAACAGUGAUUCGCAUUGGAUGGAGAAUGGCGGUGCUUCGGCAGAUCCUUGCUCUGAAACUUUUGCCGGUUCACAUCCUUUUUCUGAACCGGAAGUGAAGGCCAUUACCGAUUAUAUAGCUAGCAUUAAGGAUCGCAUCAAUAUUAUGCUCGCCUUUCAUUCGUAUAGUCAAGUACUGCUGUCACCAUAUGGUCACACUUCGGAGCCUGCCGAUAAUCACGACGAUUUGAUGGCUGUGGCAAAAGCAUAUUCGGAUGCGGUCAAACAAUUGCCCUACGGCACGGUUUACACUUAUGGUACAUCGGCAACAGCUAUGUACGCAACUUCGGGUUCGACUAGAGAUUAUGUCUACAAUGAACUAGGAAUUCGUAUUUCAUACACCAUUGAGAUGCGUGAUACUGGACGCUUUGGUUUUAUUUUGCCGCCAGUACAAAUAUUACCACAUUGCGAAGAUACGCUCGCUGGAAUUUUAGCGCUGGUUGACAAGGCCAAGGAAUUGGGUUAUCUAGAACUAAAAUAUUCAGUUUAAAGUUUGUAUUUAAGUACAACAUAAAUAAAUAUCGCUUUGCAAGUAGGUAUUUUGAAAAGAGUAUUACAUGCUACAGCUGCAAAUAUAUCGAUGUCAGUAUCGAUAUAUCGAGUAAUUGUUUUUUUUU